AUGUCGGAACGAAAAGCAAUAAACAAAUACUACCCGCCAGACUACGACCCCUCGAAAACCAUCCGCCGCAAGAAAAAACCACCGUCAUCGCAGCCGCAAACCAUCAAGAUCCGCAUGAUGGCACCGUACUCGAUGCGAUGUACACGAUGCAACGAAUACAUAGCGGAACGCAGAUCGUUCAAUGCGCGCAAGGAGGUCACGGAUGAAAGAUACCUCAAUAUCAAAAUCAUCCGGUUCUACAUCACGUGUCCCGGGUGUAAUCAGACUAUUUCGUUCAAGACAAAUCCUGCUGAGGCGGGGUACACGCCUGAAAUGGGGGCGGUGCGGAACUUUGAGCGGAAGGAGGAGGAGAAGAAGAAGAAAAGGGAUAAGGAAACGGAUGAGGAGUUGAUGCGGAGGUUGGAGGGCGAGGCGAGGCAGGAUGAGGCGUUUCGAGAUAUGGUUAAGAAGCGCAAGGUUAAUCCGUUCUGGAACGCGGCGGAUGGCGCGACGGGGGCUGGGGCUGCGGGGGGUGGUGAUGUGGUUGAGAAGUUUGAACGGCGGUUGGUUGAGCUGAAGCGGGAGCGGGAUGUGUUGGAUGAGUUGGAGAGGAUUCAUGGUGUUGUUGAGCAAGUGCGGGAGCGCGGUGGGGAAGAGUUGGUUGAUUUGGUGAGGCGCAAGAUUGAGUUGGAAGAGGAGAUUGAGGCUGGGAGGGAGCAAGCUGGUUUUGAUAGAGAUGGCGAUGGCGAUAAAGUGGAAAGCGAGGAGAAAAAGGUUGAGAAUGAGCAGGUUGGUGGUGACGAUGAUAACGAGAAGGAGAAGCCUGCGGGGGCACCAAAGAUGCCAAAAAUACCUACGAAAAUCACCAUCAAAAAGAAAGUGAAUCUGGCAAUAGCCAACAAAUUCAACUACUCCAGCGAUAGUGAAUAA